AUGUCUUAUGAAGAGCGUUGUGACUCGUUACAUUGGCCAUCUUUGUCCAGUCGUAGGACAUAUUCCUCUCUUGUUGAAUGUUAUAAGAUCGUGUUUGGCUUAUCACACUUGGAUUUUGAGGAAUUCUUUCAAUUCGCAAAAGUCAAAUCCACUAGGGCAAAUCACUCGUAUAAGCUUUAUUGUAAAUUAUCUAGAAUCAACUGUUUUAAAUAUUCUUUUUUUAACAAUGUAAUUAGUUACUGGAACAAUUUACCUAGUAAUGUUGUUGAAGCCGGUUCCCUUGAACUUUUUAAAUGUAAACUCAAAUCCUUUUUAAAGUUGUAA